CCCAAGAAACAUGUUGAUGCCGCUCCUGCGAAAUUGCAUUCCAAAGCCGAUUUCCAAGAUCCGUGCUCGCUUCUCCACGGCAAGUUCAAUCGCCGGCAGGAAAUCUUACAAGCUUUUCAGUCUGGGCGAUUUCUCGCUAUGCGAAGGGGCUACGCUGAGAGACGCAAAGCUCGCCUACAAAACUUAUGGAUCUCUUAACGCACAAGGAGACAAUGCCAUCGUUUACCCGACUUGGUUCUCAGGUAGGCACUGGGACAACGAAUGGCUCAUCGGUUCCGGCAUGGGACUUGACCCCUCCAAAUACUUCAUCAUCGUUCCAAACAUGCUUGGGAAUGGGCUCUCGACUUCUCCAAGCAACUCUGCGCCACCCUAUGACAAAGCCAGAUUCCCCAACGUGAGAGUGCAAGACAACGUCCGUGCCCAGCAUAAACUCGUAACCGAGGAGUUCGGCAUCCAAACGCUCAAGCUGGUACUGGGAUGGUCAAUGGGAGCUGGCCAAACAUUUCAAUGGGCUGUCAGCUAUCCGAAAAUGGUCGAAAGGAUUCUACCAUUCUGCGGAUCCGCUAGAACAAGUCCUCACAACCAAGUAUUCCUGGAAGGCGUCAAGGCAGCACUGGCGUCUGAUGAUGCAUUCCAGAGCGGCUGGUAUAAUCAACUUCCCACGAAAGGCCUCAGAGCUGCCGCCCGAGUCUAUGCUGGUUGGGGAUUCUCGCAAGCUUUCUACUGGAACGAGACUUGGCGAGAGCUGGGGUUUUCAAGCCUGGAAGAUUUCUUGGUUGGAUACUGGGAAGGCUUCUUCCUGGACGACAGAGAUCCAAACAACUUGUUAGCAAUGUUGUGGACUUGGAAAAACGGGAACGUCGGACUCACCCCGGGAUUCGAUGGAAGCUUGGAACGAGCACUUGCUUCAAUACAAGCGAAAGCGAUUGUGAUGCCGGCUGAAAAGGAUUUGUACUUCCCUCCUGAAGACGAAGAGUACGAGACCAGCUUCAUGCCAAAUGCAAAGCUUAGAAUCAUACCUGGAGUGUGGGGUCACUUGGCUGGCUCCGGCCUCAACCCGGUUGACGCUAAGUUCAUCGACGAUGCAGUGAAAGAACUCCUGAACUCCUGAUUAUAUAGUUCAAUCCAAGCGGA